CCCAACCUUGUGACUUCCUAUGCCAUGAGAUUGUUAUAUGCGCAUGUAACGGCUCGCGGGGUUCUAAAUGGGACAAUGUGACGGGUCGGAAGUGACAGCCUUAACCGUGUGCGGUUAACGAUUAAGCCAGGGACGGGCCGUUACCGUUACCAGGCAUGCAUACCGGCACCCACGCAUCAGGCUGCAGCGCACAUUAUAACGGAGUGCAGGAUAUGAGACAACAGUUUUGAGGCGUUCAGCAGUGCGCUCUGUUCAGCGUCUGUUCACUCGUCUCCUCUGUGGACUUCUGCGUUUUAGGUAAACAGCAGCCAGAGCGCUGAGGGGAAGUGUUCUCCUGUAGGGCUGCUCCGUAACUAUAUCCUUGUGCUGCAGACCUUUAAAUACUCCUCAUAAAAUAGCCACUUGGUGAAAGGUGAGACCUUCCCAGCCCAGGACACGGUCUGGAGCGAGCUAGUCUGAAAGCACCGUCAGAGCGCGUGCAGGACUGACCUGCGCUCUUGGAUGACUUUCUGAAAAGAACUUCAGGCUACUAGCUGGACCUGCAAUACUUCAUGUACUUUUUCAUACCAACUUUUCAAUACUUUUUUGUUACCAGUCGUUGUUGACCAGAUAAACAUUGGAUUGUUUGUUUUUGCUCUCUUUGAAAAAUAUAUAAUUGUUUCAUUCUUCUAUACAUCUGCCUACGGUGCUUACGCAGUGAAUGGAGGACAUACUCCAGCUUCUCCCGAAGCACCGGCAAAUUCUCACACACGCCUGGGGGAGAGCAGCUACUCACACCUGCCUUUGCAGGAGUUUAGUUGAGCUUUCAAAACGUUUUUUACCACUUAAUUUUGCGUUCAUGACCACACCUGAGUGCCACUCACCAGCAUUCUUUAAUGGGAUAAAUUCACUUGUGAGGUCAGGUUAUUAAAAACCGAUCAAGGGAAAUCUAAACCAACCAUCCCACACCUUUUUGCCAUAGCCUAUAUUUGUAAUUCAGUCUACUGUCCCCAAAAGCUUCCGCAUGGUACUUUGGUCGAAAGAGCAAGACCAACCGCCGGACACCGACAUGUCAUCCGGGGCAAUAGAAAUGAAGAGAGUGGUGCCACCGGUGUACCUCCACUCCAACGGCUCUGUUCACCCGGCCAUCCUCACCGAUGACCCCGAGGAGAUGAGACCGGAGGAGAUGAGACCGGAGGAGAGGGGCGAGUACGAGCUCACAGAAGUGACAUCCUUCACAGACAGGUCUGGUGAACCAGGAGAUGAAGGCCGGGAGAUAGUGGUGAUAGACUGCAGGGCGAAUGCCAAGGGCCAGCGCGAGGAGGACGCUCUCCUGGAGAAUGGCAGCCAGAGCAAUGAGAGCGACGACAUAAGCACUGACCAGAGCCCAGAGCCACCAGCGCCGUUAAAAGAGACCUCCUUCUCCAUUGGCCUCCAGGUGGUCUUGCCAUUCCUGCUGGCCGGGUUCGGGACGGUGGCGGCGGGCAUGGUGCUGGAUAUUGUUCAGCACUGGACGGUGUUUACAGAGGUGACGGAGGUCUUCAUCCUGGUCCCAGCGCUGCUGGGGUUAAAGGGCAACCUGGAGAUGACACUGGCUUCCAGACUGUCCACAGCGGCUAAUAUUGGUCAGAUGGACUCAGCCAAGGACAUGUGGAAGAUGAUCGUUGGAAACCUCGCCCUCAUCCAGGUCCAGGCCACGGUAGUAGGGUUCCUGGCGUCCAUCGCCGCGGUGAUCUUUGGCUGGAUCCCAGAAGGGAACUUUAGACUGGGACAUGCUAUCCUGUUGUGUGCCUCCAGUGUGGCAACCGCAUUCAUCGCUUCUCUGAUACUAGGAAUCAUUAUGAUUGGUGUAAUCAUCGCAUCCAGGAAGGUGGGCAUCAACCCUGACAAUGUGGCCACGCCCAUCGCUGCCAGUCUGGGAGAUCUGAUCACCCUCUCUCUGCUGGCUGGCAUCAGCACAGGACUGUACAAGGAGCUGGAGUUUAACGACUAUGCCAACCCGUUGGUGUGUGCUGUGUUUGUGGCGCUGACCCCUCUGUGGGUGCUGAUCGCUCGGAGGAUCCCCUCCACCAGAGAGGUGCUCUACUCAGGCUGGGAACCUGUCAUCAUUGCCAUGGCAAUCAGCAGUGUUGGGGGUCUGAUCCUAGAUAAGACCGUGUCCAACCCCAACUUCGCUGGCAUGGCUGUCUUCACUCCUGUUAUCAACGGUGUGGGAGGUAACCUGGUAGCGGUGCAGGCCAGUAGAAUCUCCACCUAUCUGCACAUGAAUGGUAUCCCCAUGGGAGACCCUGACCCCAACCCCAGGAAAUGCCCCACCCCCUGCACUUCCUUCUUUGGUUCCAAUGUGAACUCUCGUUCAGCACGGGUGCUCUUCCUCCUGGUUGCUCCAGGUCACCUGGUCUUCCUCUACACCAUCAACUCCAUGCAGGGAGGACACACCACGCUAACAUCCAUCUUCAUAGCCUUCUACAUGGCUGCUGCAUUACUGCAGGUGUUGAUCCUGUUGUACCUGGCUGACUGGAUGGUCCACUGGAUGUGGAGUAGGGGGAUGAACCCUGAUAACUUCUCUAUUCCUUACUUGACGGCCCUGGGAGAUCUGCUGGGGACCGGCUUCCUGGCCCUCUGCUUCCAUGUCCUCUGGCUCAUUGGAGACAGAGACACUGACGUGGGUGACUGAACACACACCUGGACAGCAUACAUACACAGCAUCAAUUCGGGCUCACCGGAAACAACCUGAACAACUGAACUGUACAGUAUCUCCCUCUGGACAUCGGAACAACUGAAUCACUUUCAGACCCAGACCUCAACCCUGACCCCUUGACCUCCAAUCUCCCCCCAAACCCCUCCCCCUGGGUCACAGACUAUGCCAUUUUUUCUUUAUUUGACUAAAUAAGAGUUUUACUACUAUUGUUUUUAUUGUUAUUAUGAUGACGAUGAUUAUGAUUAUUAUUGUUAAUAGUGAAUUUGAUAAGAAUCUAUAUCUGUUUUACCAUUGGGUGAGUGAAUCCUCAUUAUUUUCAAUGGGGACAUUCUCCCUUGGGCCAGUCACAUUGGCAGCAUUUGUAAAGAUGAGCUCAAUCGUAAAGACUUGAAAUGAAGACAGACAGACAGCAAAAAAAACUCACACAAGCCUAGAAUGGUUAAUCACCAAGUGCUAUAUGUAUAAAGAGAUGAACACAUUUUUAAGGGACCCUUCCAAUUUGCCUUGAGAGUAGUGAUUCAGUGGGGGCAGCUCCACAGGGGCCCGGACCAGAAUGUAAAGACCUGAAUCUGCUUAGGUAACAACCCCCCAACCCUGUUAAAGGAUGACUGAACACUAACCUGAAAAGAAACAGGAAGAUUUAAGUUGUCCUUAAGCACAGAUCUAGAAUCAGUUUACCCUCUCCAAAUCCUAACCUUAACCAUUGGGGAGGGAUGAAAACAUAACUGACCCUGUAUCAGUGGUAAGAGGCAACCUCAACCUAGUCCAUGGACAUAGGUCCUGCCAGAUGGUACAGUCAGGUGCCACAUUAUGUUUCAUAGGUCACCAAGGAGGUGCCAUAUCGUAGUGUCAGGUACCACACUAUGUUUCAUAGGUCACCAAGGAGGUGCCAGAUCGUACUGUCAGGUACCACAUUAGGUUUCAUAGGUCACCAAGGAGGUGCCAGAUCGUACUGUCAGGUACCACAUUAUGUUUCAUAGGUCACCAAGGAGGUGCCAGAUCGUACUGUCAGGUACCACAUUAUGUUUCAUAGGUCACCAAGGAGGUGCCAGAUCGUACUGUCAGGUACCACAUUAUGUUUCAUAGGUCACCAAGGAGGUGCCAGAUCGUACGGUCAGGUGCCACAUUAUGCUUCAUAGGUCACCAAGGAGGUGCCAGAUCGUACGGUCAGGUGCCUCAUUAUGUUUCAUAGGUCACCAAGGAGGUGCCAGAUCGUACGGUCAGAUGCCACAUUAUGUUUCAUAGAUCACCACCAAGGAGGUGCCAGAUCGUACGGUCAGGUGCCACAUUAUGUUUCACACUCAGUUGGAGGGUUAUUUUUUUAAUUAAAGUCAACCCCAAUUCUUGCCAACCAUGUCCUUAGUGGUCCUUGAGGCCUCAACGCUCAAUAGCAAGGUUUCAACACCUCCUUGUUGUACCCUGAAUCCUCCUAAAAGGCUACGAUUGUGACAUUUCUUCAAUUACAUUUGUUUCUUCUUUGUUUUCACACAAACACUUAGACAGAAAAUUGUGCUUUGUUUGUCAGGCUGGCCAUCUGUUUGUGGCAGCCUGUUGGUUACACACACACACAAAACAGCUUAUCUCACUGAGGUUAGAGUGGCUUUACUGGGAGGCCAGAGGGGGGUCAGAGAGGGUAGGGACAGAGCGCUUAUUGAGACAGGAUGUCACCUGGAAUGGCCUCUAUCUAGUGCAAGGACUUAUGGAGCAUAUGGAGCAUAUGUUAAGGGGUGGGGAAAGUUAUCCACUUGAUCACGCUGCUGCCUAAUGCUGUAGUGACAAGACCUGUUUGGUGUGUUCUGAUUAGAAGGCUUUAAUGGGCUUCAUUAGUUAGUGAGGAAAGACAGGAUGUUGAGGGAGGAAUUGUCAAACCAAUAUUGCCUGCUUAGGAAUAUCAUGCAAACAUCUCGCUCGCUCUUUCUGUUUCUCGUUCUCUCAAGCUUUCUCAAAUGGUACAAACAACAUCAGCGAUCUUCUUGAGUUGAAGCAACUCAAGGCCUGUCCAUGCUGACUACCACACUUCCUUAAUGUCUGUUGUGCAUUGUACAUACACACUGUGCAGCUGACCUACAAUAUCUGCCACAGACGCCAUGCUUCAAAAUGGCCUCCUAUCCUACCCACAUUUACAUACUGUCAGUAUAGACACUCUAAUUCUCGUAAGCAGCAGAGCCCAGCUUGAUGGUGAAAUGCAUGUGUUAUCAUCUGAUGCUUUGUUGUCUGGUGUUCAAUUUAUAUGUUGUUUUAAGGGGCCAGCAGAGUGCAUGUGCAGGGCACAUAACAUGAAUAUGCAAAACGUGUGCAUUAUGAGUUAAGUGUCCUUCUCUUUAAAAGAUAAUGUAUCCUUCUUAGGUUUGACACAAUUUACAAAGUGGAAGUUGUGUCCGUUAUUAGAUGUAUUCUUUAAGUUCAUAAUUUUUCUUAAUCCUUCUGUGAUCUUAUGUGUUAGAGAAUGAUUAUGUCAUGUUUAUGAUUGAGAGCCCCAGUGGGGUUUAGUGUCACUGUUGGAAAGUACUGUAAUAUACACACACAGGCACCAGAGGGCAACAUUGUCAUAUGAGUGAAUAUGAGACAGUGCUGAUAGUGAUAGAGGCUGUUCACUAUUAGCUUCAUCUAGAUUAUAGAACCUGUAUCCAAGAUUCUAAUGUAGAACCUGUGUUUUCUAGAUUCUAGAAUUUGUAUUUUAUUGAUUCUAGAAUCUGUGUCCAUGAUAGAAUUACAUACCUUCUGGAUUCUAGAGCCUGUAUCCAAAAUUCUAUUCUAAAACCUGUCCUCUGUAUUCUUGAGGUGGAACCCUGGAUCUAGAACCUGGGUUCUCUCUGCUGUCUUACUGAACCUGUGCCAGCGUUCUGCCCCAGUACAGAUAAGAGGUUGUGAAGUCUUCUUCAGGGGAAGGAAUGCUUUGUCUAUUUAUUUUUAGAUGCACACAAAGCAAAUUGUAUAUACUAUAUUUAUUCUAUAAAUAAGGUGUUUAUUUUUCAUUUAAUUUUGUCUUGGUUCUGUCGCUGUUUUUGUAAUUGUUUCUCAUUUUAUUUUUUUGUUCAUCCUUUUUUGGGUUGUAUCCAGCCAGUAGAGCUUCAGCGCUGCCGCGGUAGAUUAGCGCCUAGGCUAACAAACAACAGUGUGGGUGCCUAAUAUCUGAUGAACCUCACACACCUUACAUCCCCUGCCCUCGGGCAGGGACCCAAACAUAGAAGGCCUUAACCAAUCAGGAGCUAGGCUCACCACAGAGUAGAAUCUCUCUAAUUAGCUUUUAUUAAUAACUGACAUACCUUGAUUUGAUGUUGUAAUGUAAUGAAUGAAUAAAUAGUCUAUGAGAGAGGCUGCAUGGUUGCAAUGGCUGCAGUGUUUGGGAAUCACUAAGGCCAGAACCUUCAAUUGAGAACAUACAUGAAUAGAUGGAUAUUGUAAACAGAAGGCUCUGACUAGAACAGACUAGUGGUCAGACAACACAGAGGUAUAACAGAUGGAUCAUUUCUCUAUAACCACAUUCCUCAACCCUCACCUCCCAGACACACACACACACACACACACACACUACUAGCACAAAAUGUCCAUACAGAUAUAUUGGUUACACACACAAACACACACGCAUACACUUUAUUUGCAACUGUGUGCUGUCCCCCUUUGUAACCCUGUAAAUGUAGUGGGGUUCACAAUCUGCAGGACUUUAUAAAUUGCUGGAAAUAAAGGACUAUAUUAUUUUGUACCACU